CGCCCCCGACCAUCAUCAUUGUCCUCGUCUCUGUUCGAAGUUAACCCUCCUCCAGAAGCUUGGACCAUCUCCUCAGCGAUCAUUUUUCCGACACACUCUGGAAUUUGAGGAACUUAGAUCUAUGUCGGAGUCUCUGUACGCGUCCUGUGCCCAAGUUCUGUCGGCAUCCCAGUCGAACGAUGACCUCAAAACACUGCUGGAUCCCCAUACCGGGUUUGCACCACGAUUGCGACAGCUUUGCAUCGAACAACUAGCAGAUCUCGAAGAAGGAGGCCCCGCGGAUGUCUCCUUGUCAGAGAUCGAGAGCCUGAGGUUGGAGAGUGAGACAUGGGCAUUACUGCAAGCAAUCAUGCCUCUACGCAAGACAGCGCCAACCCAAUACCCCGACCCCCGCUCGCUCCUCGCGUCAAAUCCCUACACGCCGCCAGCGACCCUUGCGCAAUCCAUCAUGAACGCAUCCCCUCUCCUCUCUGCACUUGUGGUUGUCCGCGAGUGGUUACACGAGAUGGCCGCCACAGUCCCGCCAAUAGACCCCGGUGCCAUCAACGGCUACUGGCGGUUUACGAAACACGUCCUGAUGCAAGACUUACGCAUGAGUAGUGCAACAGAUGCUGUUGUUUCUGAAAUGGACCCGGAUGCAGUGAACAGGGGCGCACAGGCAAAGGCACUGGCGAUUGACGACGCAAAUUACGAUAAAUCACUCGUACAAGCUCUCUUCUCACUCGUACGCGCGGGCAAAUUCGACGAUGCCGUGGAAAUGUGCAGACGUGCUGAGCAGCCAUGGCGGGCUGCUAGUAUCAGCGGUGCACUGCUCUUACGAUGGAGGACUAUCACAAGCGCUCCGCGUGACGACGAAGCCGAGGACGAGAUGGAUGUCGUCGACGAGGGGUGGCGGGGAAAUCUACGCAGGAAGCUUUGGAAGACGGCUUGCACGCGGGCUGCACUGAAUCAAAAUCUGUCACCCACAGAACGUGCCCUCUAUGCUGCACUCGCACCGUCGCCACAAACGUCAGGACCACUAAAGGCGGCAUGUAGAACAUGGGCGGAUCAACUCUGGGCUGUUGUAUCAAUAGCUUGCGAGGAACGGUUGGCAGUUGGCCUAGCCGGCCUUGCAAGCGAAAGCUUCUGGGAAGGUGGCGUAGCUGCGGUAGAGGGACCGGCAGUUGAAGAAGGCACUGAGGGGGCCAACUCCGGAAGUCGGAUGGAGACGGAGGAAGAAGACUGGGAAAAGGAAGUGCUGGGUGCACUGGAAUCGCUGAGCAACGUCGCUGUAGAGGAAGGGUCAAACGCGGAUGAUCCAUUCCAUGUCUCUCAGCUACAUAUCAUCUUGGAUCGCACGGACGAGCUUCUGGAGGCAUUCGCCAGCAGUCUGCAGCAAGGAGAGUAUGAUACCUCAGCCCCACAAUACGCCUCGAUGUCCCGGUUCUUUGCACAUCUGUGCUUGUAUCUCCAGAUGAUCGACAUUGACAUACCACCGCUGGCAACGCAGGUCAUCCUUGAGGCAUACCUGCAAGUGCUUGAGGCGGCAGGGCAGCGUGAUCUCAUCGCGAUGUAUGCAGGCGCUCUUGGAGAUAACGCCGUCGAGCGCUACGCGAUGUUCUUGACGUCCUUAGAACUUUCAGCGGAUGUAGCAGAACGCCGUCUAGCCCUGACCCGUGCAAGGGAACAUGGUCUCGACAUGCAGCGCGUUGCGGUCGCUACAGCCGAACGGACAAUCGAAAAGGCAUUCCAGGAACUACCCCCUGCCAAAGGCCCUCUGCCAUCCAUCAUUGGGAUGCAACCACCUGCCUCCGAGCAGGAGCAGCUGCUCCUCCGCUCCAUCGAGUGGACAACCUUCAUGGAAUCCACGCAUACUACGGCACUCGAACAGGCGAAUGUCAUCUUGCGAUACUUCCUCGGGUGUGGUCGCGUCCAAGUGGCGAAGGCCCUACUGGAGAUGCUCCCCGUUGAACUAUCGUCGAUACGCAAGCCUGAAGAGCUUGCGACCGAACACCUACAGUACCGGCAGUUCUUCGUUGUGUGGGAGUCGUUAGCGCGGGUGGUCGAGUGUCAGGCGUUGGAGUCACCGAGCAUGAAUAGGGAGACGCGCGCUGCGUGGCUCGAGGACUACAAGCUUCUUCUGCAACAGGCUCGAGAACAAGUGUUGAAACUUUUGACCAACGAUUGGCUUAUCAUUGAUGCUGAACGGACGGCAGUGGACCGGCGUCGCAGAGAGCUCAUCCGUAUCCGGCAAAUAUACAUUCCGGAGCUCAUCAUCCGCCUGCACGCCUUAUUGGUAGCCUCGAGAUCAAAAAUGCCUGAAAACCUCAAGCACGCCUUGAUGCUCGCAAACAUUGUCGCAGACUCGCGCUACAAGCUGACUGAAGACUUCGUCAGUCAGGAGGGUCGGCGCCUUGGCGACUACUUGGGAGCAGUCCGGCAGGCAAUCCUGGCAGGCUUGGAAGCAGGAGGAUCGGACCCAUUCAGAAUUGUGACAUUGUAA